AGGACCUUCCAGUUACUGUGUAUCUGCUGUCCUUGUCCUUCCAGGUGGGAGCAGUUGUGGAAGGUGCUGCUUUGAUGAAUUUUUGCAGUUCAUCUUGAAAAUGGUGCACACUGCUGCGACUAAGUGUCAGUUGUGGAAGAGUUGAAUGUUUGUGGAUAUGGUGCUAGUCAAACAGGCUGUUUUGCCUUGGAUCCUGUCAAACUUCUUCAGAGUUGUUGGAGCUGCAUUCAUCCAGGCAAGAUAUUGGGAAGGGAGCAUUUCCAGAUCAAGAAAACAAAUCAAAUGUGACAUUGAGAUUUAACAGUUAUUUGACUCAUCAGGUCAUAACUGUUUGAAUAAAGAAGGGAGAGUUGUUUGCCUGUUCUGUUACUGGGAAAAGAUUUCAGAUAUCUGUGUGAUUCAGAGCACCAAGACAUUCACAACCGAGUGAGGAUGUUACUGACUGCGGGAAAGCCUUUAACCAGUUACCCAGUGUGCAAUAAAUCAUUGCACCAUUGACAUCAGGAAGAGAUUGUACAUGUGUUCCAUGUGUUUGAGAACCAUAAGACCAUACAAAACGGGAGCAGAAUUAGGCCAUUCUGCCCAUCAUGUCUGCUUCACUAUUCGAUCAUGGCUGGUAUGUUUUUUGAACCCAUUCUCCUGCCUUGAUCUCCUUGCCAAUCAAGAACCUAUCUAUCUUUGUCUUAAGUUCACCUCAAUGACUUGGCCUUUACAGCCCUCUGCAGCAAUGGCUUCCACAGUGUAACCACCCUCUGGCUGAAAAAAUACCUUGUCAUCUAAGUUCGAACGGGUAGUCUCUUCAUUCUGAGGCUGUGCCCUCGGCUUCUAGUCACUACUACUAGUGGAAAUAUCUUCUCUACGUCCAUGGUAUCCAGGAAUCCCUCUAUUCUGUAAGUUUCAAUAAGAUGCCCUCUCAUCCUUCUAGACUCCACAGACAAGGCUUUGACUGAUUUUCAGACCUGGGGAGGCACAACGACACCCAUCCCAUGGCGAAGCCGUGGAUUUGUGGGGACUGUGGGAAAGGAUACAGUUACCCAUGUCAACUGGAAACUCAUCGGCGCAGUCAUACCGGGGAGAGGCCGUUCACCUGCCCAGUGUGUGGGAAGGGAUUCACCCAGUCUUGCACACUCCACACACACCAGCGGGUUCAUACAGGCGAGAGGCCAUUCCUCUGCCUGUACUGUGGAAAACGAUUUAAUGCUUCAUCAAAUCUCCUGACUCACCAACGAGUUCACUCUGAUCACAGACCAUUUAAAUGUCCUGACUGUGAGAAGAGCUUUAAGAGCAAGAAGGACCUGUUGAGACACCAGCGCACGCACACGGGGGAGAGGCCAUUCACCUGCUCUGUGUGUGAGAAGGGAUUUGUUCAGCCAUCACAUCUCCUUAGACAUCAGCGAUUUCACACCGGAGAGAGGCCAUUCACCUGCUCGGAGUGUGGGCAGAGAUUCACCGUCCCAUCUGACUUGCUGACACACCAGCGCAUACACACUGGCGAAAGGCCAUUUGUCUGCUCUGUUUGUGGGAAGGCGUUCACUCAGUUAUCCAGCCUCAACACACACCAGCUGGUUCACAGCGAUCAGAAACCUUUUCAAUGUCCCGACUGUGAAAAGAAAUUCAAAAGCAAAUGGAAUCUUCUGUCCCACCAACGCAGUCACACUGGAGAGAGACCAUUCACCUGUGCUGUGUGUGGCAAGGGCUUCACCCAGUCAAACAACCUGCUGAAACAUCAGCGUAUUCACAGCCAACAGCAGGUUUGAUUCUGCUGGUAUUGCUGGGGUUAAUCUGAUCCAGGACUGAACCAGAUUCAUUCUGAUAGUUGAAAAUGUUAAUGUGUAUGUGCUGAAUUUAGUAGCUGGCCUAGACUUUAACAUUCCGGAUAAAUAUAACGUGAAACAAUUUCAUUUGAAGUACACUACAACGAUUUGUCUUUCCGUCCCAGAUAGAUCUCAGAAAGGAUAAUAGCAUGAAGGGAAAAUCCAGCAGAAGAUCUGAAAUAAAAAAAUAAAAGUUUCUAGAGGAAUUCAUGUCUGGCAGCAUUAGAGAAGAGAUUAGUUAACUCUGUUUGCGUUUCAAGUCUUCUUCGGACAGGACAACUUGAGUGAAAGUCUGUUUGGCUGGAAAAUAAUUUCUGCCUGGAUACAGUCUUCAAGGCCACACCAAGAGGUACAAAUGACACUUUGGACCUCUUGUCACAGUUCAUUGAUGGAAAAGGCUGUGUGUGGAUUAAACCUGGGAUGUGUGGGAAAUAUGGUCCAGCUCCUCACUGCUGUGGUUCAGAGUUCAUAGACACAGAUCGGAAGGUUCCCUUACAACUGUGUUUACAGCUGGUUAGACCAAUGGUGAAUGCUAGGAAAGUGCAGUAAAAUCAGAGAUUGGUGUCAAACUGUGAUCUGUUCCUGACCUGAGGUUUAAGGAUUAACUUUUGAGUCUUAAAAUGGCUUAAUUAUUGUGAAGACAUAGCAUGUUUCUGUGACACUCCAUAACCUAUCAUUUGAAGGUAUUUCAACAUUUCAGCUGUUACUUCAUUUACAAUAAAUCUCAUUAAAACAGGUUGGUCUGUAAAAGAUGGUCCAUACGCCAGGACAGCUAUAUAGCAGACAUUUAAUUCUGGGUUAAAAAGGAUCUGUCGGGUAUUUCAGAGUUGCAGAAUUUUUAAGGUGCAGAAUCGGGUCAUUAAGCUCAUUGUAUCUGCACUGGCUCUCUGAACAUUUAAGCAAAGUGUCAAACUCCUACCUGUAACCCUGCACAAUGUUUCUCUUUAAACAAUCUUGAAUGCCUCUCUUGCAGUUGUCUCCACCACAUUUCCCAGGAAUGUAUUCCAGUCCGUAACAACUUGCUAUGAGAAAAAGACUUUUCUCAGCUAACAUUUGCUUCUUUUGCAAAACAUUUUAAAACUGUGCUGUCUGGUUAUC